UGCUGACCCGGCCGCCGCUGUCCGCGUCCUCUGGCUACCGCAACGUUCGCUUUCCCCGACGUCGCCCCUUCCCCCUCCCCUUUCCCUUCUCCCCUCCUUACCCUCCCCCCCCCUCCUGCCCCCACCCGCGAUGGGCCAGCUACUCUCCACUCCCAAUACCAACAAGGUUACCCACCUGGCGUACUACCCGGACGCCGGGAUGAUGGCCGGGUCUUCCAGCAUGCAGGGCUGGCGCGUCACCAUGGAGGAUGCCCACCUGAUGCAGUAUUCUCUGCGCGCUGGCGUCACCUCCUCGCUGCAGCAUGACGAUGCGCGCAAGAUCCCCCCGCCCAACCUCUCGACCUCCGGGCUCCGGCCCUCGCCGGGCGAGCAGCAGACUCGCACUGCUCAGGACCUGCAGCAGUACCAGGAGCGCGUGCUGACCUUCGGCCCGACGAUGAGCAAGGCAUACGCGCACCACCUUUCCGCCGCGGUCCCCUUCACUGGCGAAACGGAGCUGUCCCUCUUCGCUGUCAUGGACGGCCAUGGUGGGUCGGAGUGUGCCAACUUUGCCGCCAAGCACCUGGCCGGCUGCGUGCUCGCUUCCAAGCACUAUUCCUCCGGCGACUACGGCCAGGCUCUCUAUGACGCCUUCCUGGACUGUGACUCUGCCUUCUUCGAGGCAAGCAACAACAUGUCCGGAUGUGCGGCCAUCGCCGUCGGCAUCACCAAUGACAAGAUUUAUUGCGCCAACGCGGGCGAUGCCCGUGCUGUCCUUUGCCGCUCCGGUCUGGCCAUCCCCCUGAGCAUUGACCAUAAGCCCACUCUCCCUGGCGAGGUCGAGCGCAUCCAGGAGGCCGGCGGCUUCAUCCACAACGGCCGUGUCAACGGCAGCCUCGCCCUCAGUCGCGCUCUGGGCGACUUCUCCUUCAAGCAGCAUCCCCGCCUGUCGAUGGUUCACCAGCCGAUCACCGCCGCGCCGGACAUUGUCACCGUUGACCGCAAUCGCGAAACCGACGAGUUCCUCAUCGUCGCCUGCGACGGUAUUUGGGACAUGGUCACCUGCGACGAGGCGGCGGACUUCGUGCGCGAGCACCUGGCCUUCGGCCUGGCUCCCUCGGCCGUGGCCGAGCGCUUGCUCACCCGCUGCCUGGCCCCGAGCACCGGGCAGUCCGGGCUCGGUUGCGACAACAUGACCUGCAUCAUCAUCACCCUUGGGGACAAGUCUGCCAUCGGUUCUUCGCCGGAGGACUUCGUGGCCCAUGUGGCCUCCCGCGCUACCCUGCCGGUUGUCCGUGACCAGCCUCCCACCGGUGUGGCCGCCUGCCUGACUGACCCCAAUGGCGUGGUUGCCCUCGCCCAGUACAACGAGCAGCGCGACAGCUUCUAUCGCCUUCAUGCGACUGGCGUCGGGUCUUCGAACCCGACCACUCCGGGCACUCUUCCCGCCACCCAGAUCUACAUGGCCACCGACUCCGAUUCCUCGGACUUCGAGUCCGACCCGCCGAGCCCCUCCUCCUUGAGCUCCUCCGCGGCCGCCGCCAAGGAGCUCGACCUGUCGUAGUCAGUCAUCGCAUGUGCCUUUGCGUGCGUAUGGCGCUGUGUGCGAGCUGCGCUCGCGCAUACGGGCCCAAUCAAAGGGCCUCCACGCGUGCACACACACGCACAUGUACAUACACAUGUAUUAUCGAUUGUCACUAGGAAGAGGAGCACCUGCGCAGCCUCUGGCGUGCGAGCGCACACACACGCACACACGCGCACCCCCGCGCCACAUGCAUUGCAUGCCGGAUUGGCGGUUUACGACAUCGUCGCCAUAUUCUUGGACUCGUAUGGGCUCCUGUGCUUCCCCCCUCCCCCCCUCCCCCCGUCUCCUCAUCCUCCGCGAGCCUCCAUGGUCGUGUGUAUGUGCGUGUCCUCGUGCAUAUUUGCGCAUGCAGACACACACACACACAUGCACCACCUCCAGCCUUACUCUUCCUCCCUGCCUCUCUCUCUCUCUCUCUCCCUCUCUCUUUAUCUCUUUCCCUCUUUCCCCAGUCUACACGUGUGCACACCCCUAUUCUUACUCCUGCCCCUAUUCCCUCUCUCUUUGAGCAGCGGCGAUGGCGGCGCAAGGGCAAAUGGGGGCCACCACACGGCCAUCCGCAUGCGUGUUACUCUCCGCCACCGAGGGGGCUCUCAUUGCACGAGCACCCAAAUGUCCGUCUUCUUUCCUUCUCUGCUGCUGUCCCUUUCCUCUGCCUGCCCUCUUGUGCUGGUGUUCUUUCCUUGAAGAAGGAUGUUCCCGGGGAGGAAAGGAGGACACCUCUUCCCCUCCCUUGUACUUGUUACUCUGCCUAUUUGUCCCGAAAUUCCAAAUGCGCGGCUCGCUACUUGUUUCCGUAUGCCGCGCCCCAAUAAAGAUAAACUCCAACACAUGCACGUAGACAAACACGCUGGCACUCAUACACAUGUGGG